AUGUUAACCUACCGCACAACACCGAAUCGACAGGUCGACGAAGGUAAAUCACCGUCCGGAACAAUGUUCGGCAGGCGCAUCAGAACAAGUCUGGACCUGCUUCGCCCUCCACCAGAGUGCCCACCGAGUGCCGAAAAGGAAGAAAACCGAAGGAGCUUCUCUGCGCACGAUGCCGUUUAUGCGAAGGUGUACAGCAACAACAAGUGGCACAGGGCACCUGAAACGGUGUGUGAGAAGAUCGGCAAAGUGAUGUACACCGUCUGGGUUGAGGAUCAGCGGAUGGUUCGAGCGUAUGUUAACCACAUGCGCAGUCGUGGCGGUACUACACCAGGUAGCAGCAGGCCGCAGUCAGCACUGCCUCUAGACGUUCUGCUGGAUGCGUGGAGCAUUCCGAGAACUGCGCCGCCAGUCCCAACACCAUCUUUGAUCCCGACGGACCCCACGGACUCGUCAAGAAAGUUUCCAACGUUGCCACCUGUGCCGUCUGCGUCCUCGUCGGUGUCUACGUCCAUGUCCUUGUCAUCAUCGUCAUCAAUGUCUGCUACGUCAGCAUCCCCGGAGUUCGCAUCGGCAGAUAGGAAACCAGUUACUCCGGUACAGCUCCCACGAAGGUCUUCCAGAGCUCGAAGGCCUCCGAAGUGGUUCGACCCGUACCAUCUCUAUUGA